CCCGCCGCCGCCGCCGCCGCCUCCGGCACCUGCGCUCCCGCUCCGGUCCGCGGUGCAGCCGGACCAGCACCAUGUCGCUGUCGCGCUCGGAGGAGAUGCACCGGCUCACGGAAAAUGUCUACAAGACCAUCAUGGAGCAGUUCAACCCCAGCCUGCGGAACUUCAUCGCUAUGGGCAAGAACUACGAGAAGGCCCUGGCAGGCGUGACCUACGCUGCCACAGGCUACUUCGAUGCCCUCGUGAAGAUGGGUGAGCUGGCCAGCGAGAGCCAGGGCUCCAAGGAACUCGGAGACGUUCUCUUCCAGAUGGCCGAAGUCCACAGGCAGAUCCAGAACCAGCUGGAAGAAAUGCUCAAGUCCUUCCACAAUGAGCUGCUCACGCAGCUGGAGCAGAAGGUGGAGCUGGACUCCCGGUACCUGAGCGCCGCACUGAAGAAGUACCAGGCGGAGCAGAGGAGCAGGGGCGACGCGCUGGACAAGUGCCAGGCUGAGCUGAGGAAGCUGCGCAAGAAGAGCCAGGGCAGCAAGAACCCCCAGAAGUACUCGGACAAGGAGCUGCAGUACAUCGACGCCAUCAGCAGCAAGCAGGGGGAGCUGGAGACCUCGGUGUCGGAGGGCUACCAGACGGCGCUCACGGAGGAGCGGCGGCGGUUCUGCUUCCUGGUGGAGAAGCAGUGUGCCGUGGCCAAGAGCUCCGCCGCCUACCACUCCAAGGGCAAGGAGCUGCUGGCUCAGAAGCUGCCGCUGUGGCAACAGGCCUGCGCCGACCCCAACAAGAUCCCGGACCGUGCCGUGCAGCUGCUGCAGCAGCUGGCCAGCAGCAACGGCGCCAUCCUCCCCGGCACCCUGUCCACCUCCAAGUCCAGCCUGGUCAUCUCAGACCCCAUUCCGGGGGCCAAGCCCCUGCCGGUGCCCCCCGAGCUGGCCCCGUUUGUGGGGCGGCUGUCCGCCCAGGAGAACGCACCCAUCGUGAAUGGUGUCUCGGGCCCGGAAGGCGAGGACUACAGCCCCUGGGCCGACCGCAAGGUGGCCCAGCCCAAGUCCUCUUCGCAGCCGCAGACCAAGAUGAGCGAUUCCUACUCCAACACACUGCCUGUGCGCAAGAGUGUGGCCCCGAAGAGCAGCUACGCCACCACCGAGAACAAGACGCUGCCCCGCUCCAGCUCCAUGGCGGCCGGCCUGGAGCGCAACGGCCGUGUGCGGGUCAAGGCCGUCUUCUCCCAUGCGGCUGGGGACAACAGCACCCUGCUGAGCUUCAAGGAGGGUGACCUCAUCACCCUGCUGGUGCCCGAGGCACGGGACGGCUGGCACUACGGCGAGAGCGAGAAGACCAGGAUGCGGGGCUGGUUUCCCUUCUCCUACACCCGAGUGCUGGACAGCGACGGCAGCGACCGGCUGCACAUGAGGACCCGGGCUGGCCCUGAGCACCUCGCGCCUGCAGCCUGCAGCCGGGCAAGAGCAGCAGCACGGGCGACCUGCUGGACAAGGACGGCCUGGCCCUCCCGCCCCCCGACUACGGCGCGUCCUCCCGGGGCUUCCCCGCCCAGACGGCCAGCGCCUUCAAGCAGAGGCCCUACAGCAUGGCGGUGCCCGCCUUCCAGGGUCUGGAUGACUACGGGGCGCGGGCCGUGAGCAGCGGCAGCGGCACGCUGGUGUCCACAGUGUGAGGACGCUGACCACGCGGCUGCUCAGGACAGCCGCCCGUCUGUCUGGUCUUCAUCGGUUUCCUCCUCAGCGCUCGUUCCUGGGUCAUUUCUUUCCCACCUGCCCCUCUUGCCUUUGGUUGGUGACCCCAGACUCUGAGAUCCCCAGGGUCCAUGGUGCUGCCCAUCUCUGCUCCUGUGUUUACACGCCCUUCCGCGCCCCAGGGGCCCGCCCCUCGCUGCAGCCCCGACACACUGCCUUUCCAAAGGCUCGCCGCGAGCCAGCGCUGACGUUUGAAGAAAAAGAAAAAAAUCUUUAAAAAAAAAAAAAAAA